AUGUCUUGCUACCAUCGGAUUCAAAGUAAAGUAUGCAAGAGCAAUAUCCGGAGCAAACCGAUGGCAUCUGAGGUUUUGACGUCCCACUUGCGCCAACGUGGGAAACCGGCUUGGACGUCUUAUUUUGUCCAGUAUAAGCACGUCUACAAUGAUCAGUUAGCCCUUUCUCAUUUUAACUGGCAGGUUGAUGGCGUUAAUUAUCAUAUACUUAGAACUGGUUGUUAUCCUUUAAUAAAAUAUCAUUGUACGCGUAGAACGUACCAAAUGUUGGAUACCGAGAAUAAGAUAUUCACCCUUUUAAAGGCGAUGAAUUUAGGCAUCCCUACUUUAGCCUACGGUUUAAUAUCACUGCCCCUGAUUCAGUUUUACGAACAAGUGCCAACAUCAGACGGAUUCGUUAAAAUUUUCUUCCUAAACAAAGAAGAUAAUAAUGCUCUUUAUUAA